AUGUCUGGGACCAAACAAUUGCAGGAGGGCUCCUGUGUGGAUGCUAGUGGCGAGGAGUCUGCUGGAGAGAUGACCUGGGAAAAGCCCGCUUUCGAUAAUGAGGCGCCAAAUUUGAAAUGUCAAAAUCCUCGGCUGUUGCGAAAGAGGCGCACUCAUUACAAUUCCAUUAGCCAUGCGGGUGUCAACGGUUUAACUUUGGCUUCCGGAAAUUCGACAUCUAGUGGCGAUGGUCUGCUCGUGACCACUCGAGGUCCAUAUGGGAAAAACAGCAGGAAGUCUCGGAAUGGCUUCAGACAGACGUCGAAGAAGGCUUCGGACAAGGAUGUAUGGAUUCGCGUCGGCGAUGAACUGGAUGAGCUGGAACUAGAUCACGAUGAUCCGGAUUAUGAGUCAGAGGAAGAGGUUAGCCCCGUUGUCAUUGAGUCUGUUAAAGCCGUUCUCUCUGAUGAGGAUUUUGAAGAAUUCUUUUCCACUCUGGUCCAUGAAUAUUAUGAUCACUGUAAAGUCGAGGAAGUCAUUGAUGGCCUGAAGGAUGUCGCAAUGACUCCAUUGCAGCGCAGACGUCUGCCUGUUUUGGCAAUCAAUCUUGCUUUGCAGCACAAAAUGGGGCAUUGUGAACUGACAUCUGAGCUUCUAUCUGCCAUGUGCGGUAAAGUUAUAAGCAUGUCCGGCAUGCAGCAAGGCUUUCAGCUACUUCUGGACGAUAUGCCUGACAUCGUUAUCGAUGUUCCCAAGGCUCCUGAGUACGUCGGUCGUUUCAUUGCUCGAGCCGUUGCCGAUGAUAUCUUGCCGCCUAAAUUCGUUCAGCAGUGCAAGGAGGUGAAUGCUGCGAUGCCUCCGGCGGGCACUUCGCCGGUGGUCGCUGACACAGCUCACCCUCCAGUUCGAAUAGCGUCUCGUCGCGAUAGUGCUAGUAUUUCUGAGAGUGUCGGCGCAAACACGCGAAGCAGCUCCGGAGUUAGCUCUGGCUGCAACAGCAGUGCUCACGCGACGUCUUCUGGUGAUGCGCCUGCAAAUUACGCCUUACAGGCAAUUAAUAAAGCAGAGGCUUUGCUCACGCUUAGUCACGCAUAUCGUCACUUGGACAUCGUUUGGGGCAUCCCUCCCAAUGAACGGGUUACCACCAUGCUGAUGAAGCAGAUUUACUGCAUACUUCUAGAGUACUUGCGAACCGGCAGUUUUGAGGAUGCGCUGUCAUCGCUUCAGGAGCUUGACUCACCUCAUUUCCAUCAUGAAUUGGUUUAUCAGGCCAUUCUCUUGGUUUUGGCUCGUGAAGCUGAUGAUCAUGUGUCGGAUCGCAUGCUUGAAUUGCUUGACACGCUGUGUCGCUCGGUAGUUAUCAGCUUUGACCAGCUGACGAUGGGUGUGAAGAGAGUUUACGCUGAGUUGCCUGAAUUGCACCAGGACUUGCCCAUUGUAUACGUCCUUCUUGAGCGUUUCUUGCGUGCCGCGGUUGCGAAAGGUUUUUUGCCUCAAAAGCUCGCGAACGAGAUGCCUUCUAAGUGA